CCGAGGUCAGGUUACAUACCAGUCACACAGGCUUGAGGGAGUGGAGAGAAGGGGGACGCUGACUGUCUGACUCAGCCAGACACGGUAGAACACUAAUAGUGCUCUGGGGUACGUGGUUGCCUACUUCAGCCUCAGACAGCAAUCUACUACUGUACGCGGAUCCUAUCACAACUAUCUGUUCUUACUAUGUAAGGAAAAUGGCCGAGACGAGCAGUGACUGGGUAGAGCUGGUGGAGCCGGGCUGGAGGAUGUUCGUGAACCUGACGUCGGGUGAGUGUGGCUGGCAGCCGCCCGCGGGCGUGGCCGUCAGACAGGCGGACGGGAACCAGUGGUGGGAGCUGUUCGACAGCCAAUCGGGGCGCUUCUACUACUACAACAGCUCCACCCGGCAGACGGUGUGGCACCGCCCCCUGGCAGGAGACAUCCUGCCCUUGGCCCAGCUCCAGGCCAUGAAGAGGAGCUCCAUGACACACACAUGCAUCCUCGCACACACACCCCUGGGUCCGACCCACCCGCUCGCGCCCCUCCCCCCCAGCCUGAUCUCCAGCUAUUUUGGGAGGGAGACCCCCUCCAGAGGCCAGAGAGACAUGUCGGAGGGCUUCACAGACUCCAGAGGGACAUCUCAAAGAUGGCAGCCUGCCCCAGGCUCCAAGGCCGCCAUGUUGGUCAAGGUCAGCAACGCGGACAGGAACCAAUCAGCUAGCCUCACUGGUUCCCAACGUCUUGUCCGUCCUGGGAGUCCUGGUGGCUCCGCCCCCGGUGACAGACCCCGCCCUCCAGCCAAGAUGGAGCCAAAACACACGCCCGUCUCAAGCAAGGCUGCCCCCCCCAUCUACGACGAGCCUCCCCAUGAGCCCCCCAUCUAUGAAGACCCUCCCCCGGACAUGCUGGCCCACACCAGGCUGCUGCAGUACCCCGCCCCCCAGCCCCCGCGCAGACACACCCGACACCCCUCCGACACGGAGUACAGCCCUGCGGGACGGGAGUGCAUCAAACACAUGGUGAACGUGGAGCCUGCCGUCUGUAAGACUGCUGCCCUCUACCACCCCAGCCCUCAGUACCCCCUCUCCCCGCCCCCCCUGCCCUCCUUACCCGCUCUGCCCUCACCACCCUUGCCCCAGACGCCCACAGACGCCCCAGAUCAUGAAACAUGGGGAUCUCCUUCCCCUGCUUUUCCCUCUACCUCUUCCCAGCCCCACCCCCAGCCCCACCCCCAGCCCCAGACCAGGGAGCUGAGCCUGGAAAAGGCGGCGUCCUGGCGCCUCCUGGAGGCCAGUGUCCGAAGGAACAUGGAGCCGCGCCACAGUCGACAGAACAGCCUCGCCAAUCAGGAGUACCCGGCCCCUGCCACUGUGACCUACCAGGACUCAGGAUACUCCACAGGGCCCUCCCCCAGCGUGAGGAGGAGGAGGCGGGCGCUGGAGGGCGUGGCCGGGGCUCGGCCCGGCUCGCUGGGCAGCAGUGGAGAGCUGAGCGUGGUGAGCGAGCGCCUGAUGGCCAAGAGAGACAGCAGGGUCAGUCUGGAGACGCAGCUGUCAGAGGGCUCCACCCCCCGCAGCAGCCUGCAGGCCCUGGCCAGACCUGGGGGCCCCCGGGACAACCUGACGUCCAGCAGCCACUCUCUGACCCCCUCCGCCAAUAACCAUGGCGACUCGGCCCUCUCAACCCUGGCCGCAGAUGGCGAGGGCUGUUAUAAACCGACCUAUGGGAAGAAGAUGUCGCUGGACGCAAGCAUCCUGUCCUCACCAGAGAACCCUUGUCAGGCAGGAAGUGUGGAGGGCCGGGGGCAGAUGGAACCCUCCCAACCGCAGGGUGUCACUGGGCAGGUUGUCGCAAGAGACCGUAGCCAAGGGGUGGGGGGGAGGAGGGGGGGUGGGGCUGGAGGAGGGGGAGGAGUGUACCAGUACACCCCCUGGAGCCAGCCCCCCCCAGACAGCAGCAUAGAGGCAUGGGCCAACCAGAACCUCAACGUGCACACCCAGGGACUCUUCCGCCGCCGCCUCUCAUUGGCCAGCAUGCUCGCCUGGAGUCCCGCCUCCAUCAAGAAGCCCAUGCUGGCGAGCUGUGGCCCCGCCCUCAGGAAGCAGGCGUGUGAGAUGUUCCGGCUGGUGCAGGUGUACAUGGGAGAGCGCUCGCCCCGCUCCGGACGCCUGCCCCCCCACAACUCGGGGCUGACCCUGGUGACCUGGGGCUGGAGCGUGCAGGGCCUGAGGGACGAGCUGUACGUCCAGCUGGUCAAACAGACCACAGAUAACCCGGGGCUGGCCAGCCUGCGGGCCGGUUGGGAGCUUCUGGCCAUCUGCCUCGCCUUCUUCUCCCCCUCUGCCUCGUUCACACGCUACCUGCAGGCCUACAUCCACAAACACAUGGAGCCCAGCCACGACGACAUGAUCACGUGGCGCAUGGCGGAGCAGCAGGACGCGAGGAGUAAGAAGAACUCCAAGUCCAGGAAGAAGAGGAAACAGAACACUGAGGGGGAGGAAGAGGAGGGACUACCAAUCAGCACUUAUGCAAAGUACUGCUACCGCAAGCUGCAGAAGGUGGCACUCACAGGAGGCAAGAAGGGCCUGAGGAAGCCCAGCCUGGAGGAGCUGUGUCAGGGCCGCAGGGCCAUCGUCACCCCCUCUCUGUUCGGCUCCUCCCUGGAGGAGGUGAUGGAGCGCCAGGCCCUCAGCUACCCUGAGCGCCGCCUGCCCUGGGUGCAGGUCCAGCUCUCCCUGGCCGUCCUGGCCCUCGGGGGGGCGCACACGGAGGGCAUCUUCAGGGUUCCAGGGGACAUUGAUGAGGUCAAUGCUCUGAAGCUUCAGGUCGACCAGUGGAACAUUCCAGAAAACCUCCCGGACCCAAACGUACCUGCGUCUCUGUUGAAACUGUGGUACCGGGAGCUGGAGGAGCCUCUCAUCCCUCAGAGUUUCUAUCAGGACUGUGUUAGUAACCAUGACGACCCUGAGUCUGCUGUCCGAGUGGUCCAGUCCCUGCCGGAACUGAACAGACUGGUGCUCUGCUACUUCAUCCACUUCCUACAGGUGUUUGCCCAGCCAGUCAAUGUCAGUAAGACAAAGAUGGAUGUCAACAACCUUGCCAUGGUUAUGGCCCCAAACUGCCUGCGCUGCCAAUCAGAUGAGCCGCUGGUCAUCUUCCAGAACACGCGCAGAGAGAUGUCCUUCCUGCGCACGCUCAUCGUCCACCUGGACACCACUGACAUCACCAGCAUCACAUGACCUUGCUUGCCCCCCCCCCCCCCCCCCCCCCAUCACACAGCUAAUCACAGGUCCCCUUGGAUAUCUGACCCAAUCACUGUCUCCUCUGGUGCUCUGAACCAAUCACAGUUCCCAACUAGACAUCUGAACCAAUCUCUUGUCUCUCUCCGUCCUACCACUGGAUAUUGUAUUAUCUGCCUGUUUUACAUCUACCACGGUUGGCCUGUCAACAAUAGGACAUUAUAGUAGUUUGUGACACGAAGGCCUUGUAGUCCUGGUGAAAGAGAAAGCAGGGUGAUGCUACUGUGUGCAGACCUUGUGUUGGGGCUUCCAGCCGCUGGUUGGCCUCAGCUGCAUUUAGCUGUGGUAACCGUGUGGCUCUGGCCCUCAUAUGGAGGCUAUGAGAGGCGUGUGUGUCUGUGUCUGUGUAAGCAGAAGCAGCUCUAAUGAGCGGUUGUGCUGAGCCUGGUUAGCUGGCUGUUAACCCUUUCUUUGCUGUAACCCUCCUCCCCGCCACCACCACACACACCUCCCUCCGUUCCUGACCGCUACUGAUGGCUUUGGUAAAUGCGUUCUUUUCAGGGUGCGACUGUGACUUUGCUGUGACAUAUUUUGCUUUUUAAUGUCCAUUUUGAUUCUGUGAAUACAUUCAUUUCAAGAGUAAUUGAUAAAAUCCUGUUUGUAAAUUUAGGAAUUCAUAAACGUGUCUUAGUUUUAUUUCCAUUGUAUGUGUGAAUCUCUCCGUGUGUUUGGAGUUAUAUUUGUACAGUAUACAGGGUCUUGCGUUUAGAGAAUGCAUCUUGACUGUUAUUGUGACAUUAGGCACACCUCACGCAUACACAUAAACACAAUCAGUCGGCAGAGUUGAAGAAAUAGCAUAGGAUCAGAGUCCAUAGUAACGGAGAAAGAAAGUCAGAUGAAAACUUCAACGCUGUAGGCGAGUGUUUGUGGCUACUGUCCUCUACUGCCCUCUUGAGGAUUGUAAGAAAAACGCAUUUUACAUUUCACGCACACAUCUCAACUUAAAAAAGCAAUAAACUUGGUAAUUAAUCAUG